AUUAAAAUAUAGAGGUUUACAAAUCACUAAUUGAAAACGAUACUUAUUUUCUUCGGAAGGAUAUAUUUGUGUCACCGGGUAAUGAGGUCUUUUACUUUGACCGUGACUGACUAACAGCCACAUUGGAGCAUAUCAAAGAAGAUAGCUGACAUUAGGACGGAUUUAUUGCGGAUACAGUACUGAAAUACCAGUACUGUACGACUCGGAACUGAAACCCGACUAUGAGUUUAGACAUGGAGAAUUUAACCCCGGCAGAGUAUAAUAUUGAAGAUGAGGCCUAUGAGCCUGUGGGUGUCGAGGCCUACUCUGAGGCAUUCCCACCCAUGGAGGCCCCAGUGCCAAGACCCGUAGAACAGGCAGCUCCGAGCAAGGGAUCAUGGAAUGUACCAGUCAAAAUGUCCAGCCUCAAGUCAUCCAAAGUUACCCAGGUGUUUAAGGUACCACUGGAGGAACGACGCUACAAGGUGAACAGUACAGGAUUUGGUGAGCAAGCAGAACAGCAGUCUAAAAUAUGCCAAGAUAUCAUGCAGAAAACAGGUGUGUCCAUUGAGAUGUCUCUAGCAAAGGAUCUAAGUUUGACAGUGGUCAUCACUGGCAAGAUGGAUGCAGUCAUGAGAGCACGCAGGGAAGUUGUCAACAAACUGCAAACUCAGGCUAACACGACUGUGGCAAUACCCAAAGAGCACCAUCGUUUCUUGCUCGGUAGAGAUGGCAAGAAGUUGCAACAACUUGAAUUAGAAACCCAGACCAAGAUCACCAUACCCCGACCAGAGGAAAAGUCUGACAUUGUGAAGAUCAUCGGAACCAAGGAGGGCAUUGAUAAAGCCCAGCAUGAGAUCCUUCUGAUAUCUGAAGAGAGGUCAAAACUUGCCUUUGAAAGGCUCCCAAUCCCAAAGGUAUACCAUCCUUUCAUUGUUGGACCCAACAACAGCAUCUUGAAGCAGCUACGUGAAGAGACUGGAGCCAGUAUCAAUGUGCCCCCACCCAGCGUGGAGAAGGAUGAGAUUGUUGUGUCUGGUGAUAAGGAUGGUGUCAUCUCAGCCAAACAGCAGAUCAUGAAAGUCUAUGAAGAAAAGAAACGCCUAUGCCAGCCUGUAUCAGUAGAGGUGCGCAAAUCACAGCAUAAGUAUGUGAUUGGACCCCGUGGUACCAAUCUCUCUGAGAUUCUUGCAGCUACUGGAGUGAGUGUGGAGGUCCCUCCACCAGAGAGCAACUCCAAUACAAUCACACUGAGGGGAGAGCAGGACAAACUGGGACCAGCACUCACCCUGGUCUAUUCAAAGGCCAACAGCAUCGUUAUUGCUGAGGUUGAUGCACCUGCCUGGCUUCAUAGAUUCAUCAUUGGACGUAAGGGAGCCACUGUUAACAAGAUCACUGCAGAUCUUCCCAAGGUGCAUAUUGAGUUCACUGAGGGUGAUGCCAAGAUUAUUGUAGAGGGUCCACCUGAGCAGGUUGAAGAGGCAAGGAAAGCAUUGGAGGAGAUUACAAAAGACCUAUUGACACGAAUGGACUUUGCCGAGAUUGAAAUCGACCAGAAAUACCAUCGCCACAUCAUUGGUAAAGGAGGUGCCAAUGUUGGGCAAAUCAAAAAUGAAACAGGUGUGUCCAUCCGGAUCCCAUCUGACACGGAGAACAGCAAGGUUAUCCGUAUCGAGGGGGACCCGAGUGGUGUGAAACAAGCUAAGGAUAAACUACUGGAAAUGGUCCAGAGAAUGGAGAAUGAACGUACCAAGGACAUUCUGAUUGAACAGCGCUUCCAUAAAAAUAUAAUCGGGGCUAAGGGUGAUAAAAUCAAAGAGAUUCGUGAUAAAUUCAACCAAGUACAAGUGAAGUUCCCUGAACCUGGCAAGAAAACUGAUGUUGUCACUCUUCUAGGGCCCAAAACAGAUGUUGAAAAGUGUGCCAAGUAUAUGCAAAACCUCCAGCAAGAAUUGAUUGCUGUAAACUACCAGUCUGAAGUUCACAUAUUCAAGCAAUUCCACAAAAAUGUCAUUGGGAAAGGUGGAGCUAACAUCAGGCGCAUACGUGAUGACACUGACACGCGUAUUGAUCUGCCAAGUGAAAACAGCGAUAGUGAUGUCAUCGUUAUUACGGGUAAAAAAGCUAAUGUUGAUGCUGCAAAGGUCAAAAUUGAAGCAAUUCAAAAAGAAUUGGCCAACAUCAAAGAGCUUACUAUAGAGAUUCCUCACAAGUUCCACAACACCAUCAUUGGUGCUAAGGGUCAUCUGAUUCGUGCCAUAGCCCAGGAAUGCGGUGGUGUCAUCAUUAGGUUUCCACCAGAGGGAUCAAGCAGUGACAAGGUGGUGAUCCGGGGCCCCAUUGAGGAUGUAGAGAGAGCAAGAGUUGAACUGGAGGAAAGAGCUGCUGAUAAGAAAGAGUCAAGCCACAGUGCUGAGGUGAAAGCGGAGCCAAAUUUCCACAAGUUCCUGAUUGGUCGAGGUGGAGUCAACAUCAGAAAGGUUCGGGACAAUACAGGAGCUCGGGUAGUUUUCCCUUCAAAUGAUGAUCCAGAUAAGGAAACCAUUGUCAUCAUCGGGAAGGAAGACCAAGUUGCAGCAGCAAAAGCUCAACUCGAAACCCUUAUCAAGCAACUGGAGAAUGUUGCUGAAGUUGAAAUCAAUGUUGAUAGCAAAUACCAUCGACACUUUGUCGCACGUCGUGGUGAAGUUCUGCGUCAAAUUGAAGAAGACUUUGGUGGUGUGUCUGUCAGCUUCCCACGUAGUGGGGUCAAGAGUGACAGAGUCGUACUGAAGGGGGCCAAGAAUUGUGUAGAGGGAGCAAAGGAUCGCAUUCUUGAGAUCGUGAGUGAUCUGGCUUCCCAAGUGACCAUUGAGUGUGUCAUUGAGCAGAAGUAUCACCGCACAGUGAUGGGAGCCAAGGGCUCAAAGGUGCAACAAAUCACCAAGGACCAUGAUGUUGGCAUCAAGUUCCCUGAUAGACCUAUCCCUCCCCCUGCCCAGAAUGGUGGUGGUGAUGGUGAUGUAGCGGCUGAGAGUGUAGAUGGUGAGGAGCCAACUGUCAACGGUGACUCUAACUCUGUCAGCAGUGAAGGUGAUGUCGCCACACCACGCAAGUGUGACAUUAUCCUCAUCACUGGCCAGAAGGAAAAAUGUGAGGCAGCUAGUCAAGCUCUCAAGGACCUUGUCCCAGUAACUGAAGAGGUGAUGGUACCAUAUGACUUCCAUCGAUUCAUCAUUGGCCAGAAGGGACGAGAUGUGCGCAAGAUGAUGGAAGAGUUUGAUGUUAGCAUAUCCAUCCCCCCAGCCAUGGCUAAGUCUGAGGUAGUAAAGGUCAGUGGCGCACCAGCUGCUGUGGAAAAAGCCAAGGCUGCUCUUUUGGAGAAGAUUGAAGUUCUGGAGAAGGAGAGGGAAGACAGAGAACUGAAAAGUUUCCAGCUAGAUGUAACGGUAGACCCAAUUUAUCACCCAAAGAUCAUUGGACGUCGCGGUGCUGUUGUCAACAAGAUUCGCACGGACAAUGAUGUUAAUAUUCAGUUCCCUGAUAGAGGCAGCGAGAAACAAGAAGUGAUCACCAUCACCGGCUAUGAAGAGAAUGCUAAAGCUGCAGAAGCUGACAUUUUGAAGAUUGUGAAGGAUCUGGAGGACAUGUAUUCCGUAGAGGUGUCUAUUGAUAGCCGUGUUCACCGUCGUCUAAUUGGUGGCAAGGGACGUAACAUUCGCAAGAUCAUGGAUGACUAUCGUGUAGAUAUCAAGUUCCCUCCAGCUUCAGCAGCUGAUCAGAACAUCGUGGUUGUGUCUGGAGCUGAGGAUGAUGUGGAAGACUGCAAAGAUCAACUGCUUCUGCUCGAGGAAGAAUAUCUUCAAGAUAUCAAUGAUUCCAUAAUGAUGGAGCAGUACACUGCCCCAAAGAGGCAAGAUGACAAGUCAAACAAACAGAAACAGCAAGGCUACUUUGUUGCUGGAGCCCCUUGGAGCUCAGCUGCUCCCGACCUGGAUAAUGAUGAGGAAUUCCCUGAGAUGUCCCAGGUAGCCCCUACCAAACCACCUGUCUCAUGGGGCCCUAGUCGCAAACACUAGCGUACUAGAUUACACGUGCACCGCUGGACCCUAGUCACCAACACUGGGCACUGUAAAGCAUUGUGCUAUUGAAACAUUUCACAACAAGCUUCUUGUAUGUUAUCCAAGCUUGGAAUAAGGACUUAGAAUAUAGCUAAUAGUUUUAGUUAUACUUCUCUCAGCAGGGGAUGAUCCUUCCUGCUUCGCUCUCCAUAUAAAUAAUAAGCAGAAAACUCUAAAAAAUAAAAAUAAAAAUGCAACCCGGGAGCUUAGCAUGGAUGGGUGUUUAUCCUAUAAUGUGGUCAUGUGUGUUCUAACCAGAAACUUGUCGUUAUUGUUAUUAUGGGAUGGAAUAGAGUUAGAAUAUGUUAAUAUGUAUCAUCUGCUAGAAACUAGAACCUGUCUCCUUUAUCAAACCUUAAUGUUAUGUAAUUUUCAUUUAUUUUUAUCUUUUAGUUUGGUUUGAAAUCUGAGAUGGGAAUAAUUAUUAGGUCAUAUAAGUACUGUAUACUGGAAAUGUAAUGACUGUUGCAUCAUGCCUAGUUCAAAUUCGAGACAGACCUUCAUGUGAUGACGACAUAUCAACUGAAGCAUAGAGCUUCACUUUGCUAGAUUUUUUUUAUUAUGUCGAAAAUUGUUUUGAUUGAUAGUGAUAAUGUUAUUACACGGUUCAGUUUGCCAAUCAGACAAUAGAGUAUUAAAUGUGUAUCCAUUUUAGUGUUGAAUUUGAUAGAAUUAUUUUGAUGUUUACACAAAAAUUAUAACUUGCUCAUGUCAAAUAUGUAUUGAUCUCCUGUGUACUAUUGUUAGUUAAGAUGUUAAAGGGGAACAUAUAUAUAUAUAUAUAUAUAUAAAACUGUACAGUACUUUUCUCAUAUACUUAUACACAACAUACAUUGUUGCAAUAUGGACAUAACUUAUAUGCAAAAUAUAUAGUGAAAAGAAAAUAUGAACUCGAAAAAUGAAUUUAUUUUUUUGAGAAAAAUUUCAGAAUGUUUUAUAUGUGGUUGCUGUAUGUGAUGUCACGAACCACGUUGUUGUGUUGGGUGACAGUGUUAUUUAAUAAAAAAAAAUAUAAUAGAGUUAUUGAUAUAUUGUCCAGGGCAUCGCCCAUGCUCGGUGCAAUAUUACGCAAGAGGCACAAAAUGCAAAGUGCUCUCUAUUUAAGAGAUAGAGUGAAAUGUGAUUUAUCUAUAAGGAUGCAAAGAACUAUUACAAAGAGAAACUGUAAUAAAAAACUAAUUACUUGCAGUUUGAAAUGAA